AUGUUCAGCUGUCUGACUUGGAUGUUCGUCCUGCUCUGCAGCUCUAUUGCAGAUGAGAACUUUAUCAGAGAUGCUGACAUUUUUCCUUCAUCUCCUGAAAUUGAAAGAGGAUCCACCUUGAAACUAUUUUGUGUUCUUGGAAAACACUACACACCUCAGAGAAAUGCAAGCCACAUCAUCUGGAAGUUGAAUCAUGAAUUGAUUGCUCAGGAAGACUAUAACAUUGUGAAUGAGACUGUGUCUAGUAUAACCAUCCAUAAUUUCACCUACAGCAAAGCUCAUGUGAAAUGUUUCACUAAGUACUUCGGCAAGGAACAACUUUUGGUUCACACUGAAGUGAAAUCUGGCUUUCCACCGGACACACCAGGAAAUAUUUCCUGCAUUUAUUACUAUAAUUCUAAGCUUACCUGCACUUGGACUUCAGGAAGAGAAACAAAUCUCAUGACAAACUAUACUCUUUACCGAAAAGUGGAAACACCUCCAUAUACAUUGAGCUCCUGCCAGAGCAAAACAGAGUUAUGUUCAUUUUAUUUUCCAGAUACUUCGUAUAGUAGUUCCUUUUGUUUUCAGGUGAAAGCUGAAAAUGUUUUGGGUGAAGCCUCAUCAGAUUGUGUUCUUAUACCUAUGGGAGAAAUAGAGAAAUUUGAACCUCCUGAAAUACUUUCAGUUAAAAAAAUCACUGGUAUAAAUCGGUUGCUUACAGUAGUGUGGAAAAUGCCUGAGAAGAUUAUCCCUUCCCAGAAUUUAACUUGUGAGAUUCAGUACGGAAGCUUGUAUUCAAACUCUUCGAAACUUGUCACUGUCCUACUGAAUUCUUCAGAGAAAACAGGAUCAUGUAAUCUCACAGAUCUGUGGGACUCCACAGAAUAUUCAGUUGCCAUUCGAUGUGCCAACGUUUUGUCAAAAUUCUGGAGUGAAUGGAGUAGAAGGAAAACGGCAAGCACAGAAGAGAAAGCUCCUUCAGAAAAAGUGGAUUUGUGGAGGGUAAUUGAGCCUUCACAUUCAGCUGGAAAUAGAUCUGCACAUCUUCUAUGGAAGACGUUAAGCAGCUUUCCACCUUCUGGGAGAAUUCUAGGCUACAAAAUACAGUAUUUUCCAGAAAAUAAUGCUGCACUUGAAAUGACAAACAUCACUGCUGAUCAGAAGAUUACUUUACCUUUAAAUGAAGAGGCAUAUAUAGUAUCUAUUACUGCCUAUAACUCUGCUGGAAAUUCUCCUGGAGCUACUUUGAGGAUUCCAUCCACUAAUGAAAAAACUUUGCAAAUUAUUGAAACAAUGAGGACCUUUACAACAAAUGAAGAAGUUAUCGUGGAAUGGAUACCCUCUGAAACAAAAGUAUCUGAAUAUGUAGUUGAGUGGUAUGAGGAGUUGGGGACAGAUCCUUUUAGUAGAUCGUGGCAGUAUGUGUCAAACUCUACAAACUGGAAAAUUAACAAAAAAAACUUUAAACCAUUUAUAUGUUAUAACAUCUCAGUGUAUCCUGUCUAUGGAAAUAAAGUAGGAGCUCCGUAUUCCAUACAAACUUAUGUUCAAGAAAAAAAGCCAUCAGAAGGACCUGUGGCUGACACAGGUGUUCCAGGGAAAAAUGAAGUUACAGUAAAAUGGAAGGAAAUUUCAAAGGAUAAAAGAAAUGGAUUUAUCUGUAACUACACAAUAUUUUAUAAACCUGAAGAUGGAAAAGAAUCAAAUGAAACAGUGAACUCUGAUGUUCUGCAAUACACACUGAAGUCCUUACAGGCUAAUACACAAUAUACUGUCUAUAUCAUGGCAACUAAUGGAGCUGGGGGGACCAGUGGAGAACCGAAAACCUUCAAGACUUUGAAAUUCAAUACAGAGGAUGUUAUUUUCAUUGCUCUACCCAUUGGAUUAAGCAUGCUGUUUCUGUUAGGCCUUUGGAUAACAUGCAUUUUGAAAAAACAUGCGUUUAAAAGGAUUUGCUGGCCUGAUAUACCCAAUCCUGCAGAGAGCGUUGCAGUGGAAUGGCCUCUUGAUGCACCUGUGAAUAAUUCGUUUUUGAAGGGAGUGACAUCUGAGACUAAAACCAUGGACUUUGAAGACAUAAGUGUUUUGGAACAUUGCUUUCCUGAAGAAAGUCAGGAAGGAUCACCGCUGAUGAAUUGUGAAAACCAUGUUUCUGAAUACACUGAUGUAACUAUGAAAGGCAUGAUUAGUGGAGAUAAAAAGAUAAUGUAUCAUAAAGAAAAUGAAGUUGCUAAAUGUUUUUCAUCAUCCAUGCCUUACGUAAUUGCUGAUCAAGAUAUCAGAAGUCAAAUGCAGUCAGCUUUAAUAGCAGUGAAGGAAAUCCAACCCACAGAAAUGCUGGAAGAUGAUUUAUGUGAAUCCCAACAGACUUCAGUUAAAAAUGAAGAAAAUUAUAGUGAAGAAGUUUUAAAGCUGGAAGAUUUUAGUGGAAAAGCUCUGUUCAAUCCAUACCUAAAAAAUUCUAUUAAAACAAGGGAAUUUCUGGUUUCUGAAAGCUUGCCGGAACACAGUAAGAAGGAACCCAAAGGCCAGUCAGCUGUCUUCCCUCCUUUUCAGCAGAAUAUUGCAGGACAAUCUUACGUAACACUGGACAUGUUCGGGCUGGCCACAGCUCAUUAG